UCCAUGACAACCAAAGACCUGCGCUUCGUUAUUAAAAUGGCGGAACAUCAAACUACCUUGAAAAUUGACAGCUAUGGUGCUGCAUCCAUUGAUGCAUAUCUUGAAUAUAAGAGAAUUGUUGGUGAUGAUGAUGGGGGAGUUCACUUCACACCUCAACAAUAUGAAGCAUACAAAAAGAAAGUUAUCCCACUGAGAAUGAAAAACAGAUUAUUUGUAAGCUGGGUUUCACCAACUGGCAUUGAAUGCAAGAUGAUAGGUCCUGAAACUAUGUGUUUUUGCAGACACAGAUACCGACAACACAAAACUGAUCUAGAGAAAAUCCCUGAAACAAGGCCAAUUCAUGUACCAUGUAAAAUUCGAGGUUGUGGUUGCAAAUCUUAUGAAUAUGUCCCAUUAAAUGGGUCAAGGACAAUCAAAUGCAAAUGUAAGCAUUUUGCUGAUGAGCAUGCUGAAAGGGCACCACACAAAUGUAAAAAUGAUUGUGGAUGUAAAGCAUUUCAUAGCUCAUAUACUUGUGGGUGUGGAGAACCAACAUACAAGCAUUCAAUGCUCAUAGAAACUAAAGAAGAGAGGGCAGCUAGAGGGCGACCAAUAGGAAAUGCUGUGCCUUACCAAGCAAUGGGUGGCUUGACUGGAUUCAGUUCACUAGCAGAUGGUUAUAUGAGAUUAGAUGACAGUGGGGUAGGAAUCCCUUCAAAAGAAUUCUUAGAACAGCCAAUUGGUGCAGGGGAUCAUCCUUUUUUGCGCAUGUAUAAAGGAAUGGAAAAACUUGGAAUAGAAGAUAAAAAAGGUGUUGCUGGCCCUUUGGUCCGAAAGCAAACUACAGAAGAAGAGGACAUGGCAUUCUUUGAGAAGAGAUACCAAGAAAGGCUUCGACUUGAAAAAGAAAAAGCAAGAGAACAGGCACAAAAAGUUGCAGCUAGUCGAAGAGAGAGGGCCAAUGCUGACAGAGCAAAGACAAAAGCACAACAUAAAGGAAGUGCUGUUAAAUGAUAG